AUGCGCGGGCGCAUAAAACCACGAUGCAGUGUCGCCGGAGGCCAAUCGCACGCACGUCGUCACAUCGCGAACCACAAAAUGCGCGUGCUACUAGCCUCUUUGGCAGUCCUUGCUGCGUUUACAACAGCUGAAUCGGACAGCAAAGCGCGCAUCGUAUGUUACUUCAGCAACUGGGCAGUGUAUCGGCCAGGAAUCGGAAGCUAUGGCAUCGAUGAUAUACCAGUAGAUCUCUGUACCCACAUUAUUUAUUCUUUCAUCGGAGUCACUGAGAACACUCACGAAGUACUUGUGAUUGACCCGGAGCUCGACGUGGAGAAAGGAGGUUUUCGCAAUUUCACCUCUUUGCGUAACAAACACCCCAAUGUCAAGUUCAUGGUUGCUGUGGGGGGUUGGGCCGAGGGCGGCGCCAAAUAUUCCCGCAUGGUGGCCCAGAAAAGCUCUCGAAUGGCCUUCGUCAGAAGUGUUGUUGACUUCCUCAACAAGUACGAGUUUGAUGGUCUGGAUCUUGACUGGGAGUACCCUGGCGCUGCUGACCGCGGCGGCUCCUUCUCUGAUAAGGAUAAGUUCCUAUUUUUCGUUCAGGAGUUGAGGAGAGCCUUUAUCAGAGCAGGUAAAGGUUGGGAGCUUACGGCUGCUGUGCCUCUGGCAAACUUCAGGUUGAUGGAGGGGUAUCACGUGCCAGAUUUGUGCGAGGAAUUAGAUGCAAUUCACGUGAUGUCAUACGACCUUCGUGGUAACUGGGCUGGUUUUGCUGAUGUGCACUCUCCCCUUUACAAGCGGCCUCACGAUCAGUGGGCCUAUGAGAAACUUAAUGUGAACGACGGUCUUAAUCUAUGGGAGGAGAAAGGCUGUCCGUCAAACAAAUUGGUAGUUGGAGUUCCAUUCUACGGCAGAUCGUUCACUUUGUCAGCUGGUAACAACAACUAUGGGCUGGGAACGUACAUCAAUAAAGAGGCUGGUGGUGGUAACCCAGCUCCUUACACAAAUGCCACAGGAUUUUGGGCUUACUACGAGAUCUGUAUGGACGUAGACAAACCAGAGACUGAAUGGACAAAGAAAUGGGAUGACCACGGCAUGUGUCCGUACGCAUACAAGGGAACUCAGUGGGUUGGUUACGAAGACCCUCGCAGUGUGGAAAUUAAGAUGAAGUGGAUCAAGCAGAAGGGAUACCUCGGUGCUAUGACCUGGGCGAUAGAUAUGGAUGAUUUCCAGGGAGUCUGUGGCGAGAAGAACCCGUUAUCUAAACUGCUGCAUAAGUAUAUGUCAGAUUAUAUCGUUCCACCGCCUAGAACUGGAAACACUACUCCCACGCCUGAAUGGGCGAGACCACCUUCAACUACAUCUGAUCCAUCCGAAGGAGCUCCCAUCCCCACCACCGCGAAGCCAACUACUCAGCAAGCAAGCAGUGUCACCACUAGACCUACCACUCAAGCCAGUACCACGACCCAAUUAGACAGCGAACCACCAAACCCAGUAAAUGAUGUGGAACAACCGCCAGCAGAAAACGAGGUGGACAGCCCCGAAAUUUGUAGCUCCUCGGAGGAUUAUGUGGCAGACAAGAGACGCUGCGAUAAGUACUGGCGCUGCGUAAACGGCGAAGGUAUGCAAUUCACAUGCCAGUCGGGCACCGUCUUCAAUACUAUGCUGAAUGUAUGCGACUGGCCCGACAACGUUGACCGUCCCGAAUGUAAAUAA